AUUGGUGCAGAAAAAAUGUGUCUCCUCUGGCCAGCCGUAGCUGUGGCAUGAUUGUUCUGCCCUGGUCAUAGUUCAUCUUCUGACGCAGAAGGAAGUUUGCAGGGAUUAUGGCUUCUUCCAAGCCUUUGGCCAGGUUCUGGGAAUGGGGCAGAAACAUCAUCUGCGUGGGGAGGAAUUACGCAGAGCAUGCCAAGGAGAUGAAAAAUGCUCUCCCUAGCGAGCCCCUGUUUUUCCUGAAGCCUUCCUCAGCCUAUGUCCGGGAAGGAGACCCCAUUAUCAAGCCUUACUACUGCAACAAUCUGCACCACGAGGUGGAGCUGGGAGUGGUGAUUGGGAAGAAAGCCCAUGCUGUCUCCCAGAAGGCUGCUAUGGACUACGUGGCAGGUUAUGCCCUGUGCUUGGACAUGACAGCCAGGGACACCCAAGCUGAGUGCAAGAAAAAGGGUCUUCCCUGGACCUUAGCCAAAGGCUUCAAUACAUCCUGUCCGGUUAGUGAUUUUGUGCCCAAGGAAAAGAUACCAGACCCACACAAGCUGCAGAUCUGGCUCAGGGUAAAUGGUGAGCUUAGGCAAGAAGGGGAAACCUCUUCUAUGAUUUUCUCUAUCCCCUACAUCAUCAGCUAUAUCAGUGAAAUCAUCACACUGGAAGAAGGGGAUCUGAUUUUGACAGGUAGCCCUAAAGGUGUUUCUGCUGUACAGGAGCACGACGAGAUACAUGCUGGAAUAAAUGGCAUCCUCAGUAUGCAGUUUAAGGUGGCACAGCAAUCACGCCAAUCUUGAUGGGGGAAUCUGUCAUUUCUUUUGGGGGAGUGCUCUACAGCUGCCUUUUAAAACAGCCAAAGAAUGAAUACCUAGAUGUCUGUUCCCCAGCAGCCUAAAAGAAUGUAUCGCCCAGUCCUCUUGGAAACAAUGAAGAAUCAGACGUACUGAGCUAAAUUAGGUUUUGUGAGCCUUCUUAUAAAGGCCCCAGAUAAGGACUACCACUGUUGUGAAGGUCAAGCUUUUCACAUUAUUGAAUGGCACACAGAUCCAGCUAAAAAUAUGUAUAUGGUAGAGAGGCACUCAAGCAAUCUGGUUAAUGUGUUAUAUUUAAAGAAAGCAGCUUUAAAAAGGACAGUUGGGAGUGUGUGAGAGAAAGGGAAUUGUGAUGAAAUGCCAGUUUAGGAAGUACUCUAAUGAAAUUGGUUUAAAUGAAAUGUUCUGUCAUACCGUUUUUGCCCUAAUCCUAAAACUAACGUAGUGCUCCACACAUAUUGUCUUUAAAAGAAACAUCGAUUUUUGCUAAGGCACGCGGAGGCCCUUGGAAAUAAAUGUCCACAAAUUUAAAAUUGUUUAAGAAAAUCAGCAUUAUUCUCACCACUCUUUUUUACUGCCCAUUAAUUUUUUGGUGGGGCAAAGUGACAUUAUCAGCACAUGAAAUUUGGUCCUGUUAAAGGAAAAAAUCACUGUUGUAUACCGCACCACAGGUGCAUGUUUCCUUCUUUUAUGUGACUGUCAUUAAAAGCAAAUGUUUUUGAAAGGAGGUUAAAAAAUUAAAGGAUAGCUGGCAUACACAAUA